AUGGCUCUUUCUUUUAAGGCCACUAUGAUGGCUGAGGAGCUGAAGAAGGAACAGGACACCAGUGCCCAUCUGGAGAGGACGAAGAAGAACCUAGAGGUGACUGUCAAAGACUUACAGUACCGUCUGGAUGAGGCUGAGAAUCUGGCCAUGAAGGGUGGAAAGAAACAGCUCCAGAAACUGGAUGGACUAACUUUAUUAAAGGUACGUGAGUUGGAGGCUGAAGUUGAAGCUGAACAGAGACGUGGUGCUGACGCUGUUAAAGGUGUGCGCAAGUAUGAGAGAAGAGUGAAGGAGCUUACUUACCAGACAGAGGAAGACAAGAAGAAUGUGACCCGACUGCAGGAUCUGGUCCAGCUGAAAGUGAAGGCCUACAAGCGUCAGGCUGAGGAAGCUGAGGAGCAGGCCAACACUCACCUGUCCAGGUACAGGAAGGUGCAGCAUGAACUGGAAGAGGCUUAGGAGCGUGCUGACAUUGCUGAGUCUCAGGUCAACAAGCUGAGAGCCAAGAGCCUUGAUGCUGGGAAGGGCAAGGAAGCAACUGAGUAA